GUUCGGUUGUCCCGCACCGUUAAGAUGCUCAAUUGAUGGGCGUACUGAGCUGUGUGCGGUGGAAGGAGAUAUCCCUUACGUGCUUCGCGGUAGGAAAACAAAAACAUGUUCUGUGCUGCUUAUUUCACACCACGUCGCCGCCUCCUCCGCGACAUCUUCCCGGGAGCUGCGCUGCUUCUCUCGCCUCCGGUGCGCGGCGGCCAGCGGACGUCGGACGAUGCUAUUGCGGCGUUAAAAUAGGAGAAGGGGGGGAAAAAAGCUCAGGAGAGAAUAUCAAGACAAGGUAGCGGGUCGCUGCUAGCGGCAGUUACGUCCGUUUACUAGUUUGACGAAUUGAUUGGGAUCUCGCUCGCGCGCACGGGGGACUCGGACGACGCGGGCACUUUUGGGGGAACUGGGAGAAAUGCACCUGCCGUGAGACAACGGAGCGAGCGGAGCACAUGGACGCCUGUCACCAACCCCCGCGCCGAUGGAGCCUUCCCGGGGUUCGCUCCACGUCGGUUUAACGUUUACUCGUCCAGGGGGUUUCGAGCCCACCCGAGUGUGAGGAUGACAGCUGAUCGCCCCUCCUCCCCCGGGACUUAAAUAAAAACGCGCUCCAUCUCUACGCGCUGCCCUCCGACGGGAAAGCGGUCUCGAUUUCAGUGCGUUUAACGAUGGAUGGAGCGCAGCGCCCUGACAUUUGGCUGGCUGCUGCCGCAACCUUUCCCUGAUCAGCUUAUCCCCCGCACCUGCCACUCCGACCGGGAUUUCUCCAACAGUAGCCCGUGUCAUAUUUUACUGAAGGGCCUCUUGAUUUGAUUUGGAAGUAUUAAAACCAUCCGUCUUCUCAGUCGCGUCGCGGUGCUGGGAACGCGCUCGUUGGUGCUGAUCUGUCCCCCCGUCACCUCCAAACUCAACUCUCCUCUGGCUCUUUGACGCCUCGCGUUAAAUCCACGGCCGGGGAUGAUCCUCGACUAGUUGAUGAAUUAAUCGGCGUCGCGGUGUCAGCAAAGGCUUGAGCUCCGGGGGAUUUGUGUAGAUUAUCGCCCGACUGCUAUUUUGUUGCACUCUGAAGUGAACUUAGCGGCUCCGGAGCCUCUUCGCCGCCGCCGCGGCGACUCCGACGGAGGGGCGCGCCUGUUUACAAGACUCGCCAUUCACGAGGAAAGUGAGAAACCGGCUCGCAUUCAUAAGCGAUGACUGCCGCGGAGGUGUUUGGAGCGAGACCUGAGGAUACGGCGACUCUGACGUUGUUGUCACCCCGUGGCACCGGGGGAACGAGACGCGCUUCCCGGCUGUAGUUGGCGUAACGUUCCGCGGUCCGCUGUGACGGACGGAGGCAGCCCGUCAAAGACAACCCCCCCCACACACACACCCCCACCGCCAGCCAGACGCGAGACACCGACGACGAUCAGCCUGGUGGCCACCGGAGGAUGUUCGAGCCAGGAUGCUGCGCUUCCCCGUGAAGAAGAUCCGGAAGCAGUUCAAGCUCCUGCUGCUGCUGGUGCUGCUCACCUCCGCCGUGUGGUUCACGUACCUGCACAUCAACCAGGGCAAGACCAUCAAGCUCCACUUCAACUACGGCAAAGAUGGAGAGAGACAGACGGAGGGGACGGACGCCAGCCGUAAGAGGGACGCUCGCUCCUCAGCCGGUCACCACAAGAGUGAGGACACCAGCGACAGCAGAGAGGACGACGCGGCUGAUGACGAGCCGAUCACAGGAGGCGCUGACAGCAGAGACCAGAGCCGCGUCCGGAAGUUCCUCAGUCAGCACCACAAGAAAUUGCCAUGGAAACCAGAGUACAAGGGCCAGGCCAACCUGCACGUGUUUGAGGACUGGUGCGGCUCCUCUAUAGCCCAACUCAGAAAGAACCUGCACUUCCCUUUAUACCCACAUACCAGAACCACAGUGAAGAAGCUGGCAGUGGCUCCAAAGUGGAAGAACUAUGGCCUGCGUAUAUUUGGCUUUCUUCACCCUUACAGAGACGGUGAUUUCCAGUUCUCGGUGUCCUCAGACGAUAACUCAGAGUUCUGGCUGAGUCCUGAUGAGAGUCCUCUGAACGCUCGCCUGCUGGUCUACGUGGGACAGCUGGGCACAGAGUGGACCGCUCCAGGCGAGUUCAGCAAGUUCAGGUCCCAGUCCUCCAAGUCUGUGCACCUGAUCUCAUCCAGACGGUACUACUUUGAGAUCCUCCACAAACAGGACGACAAAGGCUCGGAUCACGUGGAGGUCGGGUGGCGGCCGUUCCUCCCUGGUCUAAAGUAUGAAGUGAUCGACUCCGCCUACAUCUCUGUGUACACAGAUGAGUCCAGUCUGAAGAUGAACAGCGUGGACCACAUCCCUCAGACCUUGGCCAGUCACAUCCGUCUCCCAGAAGCGGCUCAGCCCCAGGGCGUGGAAGGAGUGGGCAUUCUGCAUCACGGAGCGGACAUGCUCAGACCGGACCCCAGGGACACGUUCUACAGCACUCCUAUGAUCGACUCCUCCCGUCUGGAAAACGUCCUUCCAGCCUGUGUGUACUCCCCAACCUAUGUGGUCAAAGAUUUUCCCAUCGCCAGAUACCAGGGCCUGCAAUUCGUCUAUCUGUCUUUCGUUUACCCCAACGACUUCACGCGUCUCACCCACAUGGAGCGAGAGAAUAAGUGUUUCUACAGAGAGUCGCCCAUUUACUUGGAGAAGUUCGGCUUCUACAAAUAUAUGAAGAUGGAUGAGGAGGAAGAUGACAGGCCCUUCUUCUUCCCCAACCCAGAUGAUUUCCUUGAGGAGGAGGAGGUCGUGGAAGCAGAGGAUGAGGCAGAGAUUGUUGGCACACAGGCGCCCAAGAAGCCUUCUCAUCCCAGCCAUACCUCCAAUCCCUCCCAUCUGCACUCAAAGCCUGGGACCACACCAGCUGGCAGGGAGGCGGACGAGGAGGAAGACCCCAACGAAGAGGGGGAGGAAGCAGUCAACAGUAAUUUACAGCACAGAGAAAGGAGGCGUUUUUCUCGCAGAGAUGGGCAGAUGGGGAGGGAUAUAGACAGAGACUGGGGACGAGAUUAUACAAGAGGAAACGCCAGACACAAUGCCAGGAAGGGACUUGAACAGGCCCAGCCCAGGGUACUUGAGUCCGACACAGACAGUGUCGUCCAGGGUCGGUCUUUAUCCUGGGUUCACUCAGGUCCCGGAGAAGUGGGGCCUGUCAGGAAAGGAGAUGGAGGAGAAGGAGGAGGAGGAGGAGAGAAAGGAGCUGAGGCUCCCCCUAAACUGAGUAAGUCCUCACUCCUCUUCCCCCAAAAGUCUUCCCUCUCUGCCUUCGCCAGUCACGCUAAGCAGAUGCUCAGCAACUCUGCCCACAGGAAAAGUCCUCACGACAGCACCAGUAAGCUGUCCGGAAACAAGAAGGAGAAGAAAGAGGAGAACAAGAUCUACAUCACAAGGCCUCGACCAUUGAAGGAGAGGGAGCGGGAGCAGCGGAGGGAGAGGCGGGAGGAGAGGGCGUCUCGUCGCACUCGGGAAGUGUUUCCGGGCGUCUUUUUGUAUCAGACUGGGAAGACCACGCGGCUGGUCAACCUGGGAGCCAAAGGUCACGUCGGGGGAGGGGUAACAGGAAGCAAGAGCCUCGUCAGUGCCCCUCAGCUGUGGCCCAACCCCCCUACGAAAGAAGGGAAGCCGUAUCCUCACAACGCAUCACACAGCAUCAGCGCGCAAAACAGAAGUACGCAGAAGUCCAGUCGCAGAGCGCCACCAGCGAAGCAACUGGAGAAACACCAGAGGAAAGGGGAGCGUCAGGACCUCAAGUCUACCCUCACAGCUGAUCUUCCCAGAAAGGAUCCACUAACCCCUCUGGCCCAUCGCCCGGAUCCUCCUCCAGUCACUUCACCAAGGUUGAACACCACAGAAAACACCCUCCAAGGUCAAGCACGGGUCACGUCCUACCUCCGGACGUCCGAGAUCACCGAAUCCCAGCAGCAGCCGGACCCCGAGCCCAACCCGCCCGAGUUCGACCAGGAAACCAACCGCUCCAACCCCGAUCCGGAGCCGGAACCGGAGGAGGGCGAGCUGUCGGACUACAGCUACGAGGAGAUGGAGGCCCGGCCGGGCUGGGCGGAGGAGAGCAUCAACUGGCAGAGGACCUUCUCAGUCAACCCCAUGGACUUCGAGCUGCUGCGGUCCGACUGGAACGACCUGCGCUGCAACGUGUCGGGGAACCUUCAGCUGGCGGAGAGCGAGGUGGUGGAUGUGCUGGCGCAGUACAUGGAGAAGCUGAACGAUCGGAACGGAGGGAUCUACACCCUGCUGCGCAUCAUCAACGUGGAGAAGCGGCGCGACUCCGCGCGGGGCAACCGCUACCUGGUGGAGCUGGAGCUGAUGGAGCGGGGCCGCAGCGUGGUGCGGCUGUCGGAGUACAUCUACCUGCUGCUGCACCGCGGCCGGCAGGGGGACGAGAGCCCGGAGAACACGGACUCGGCGCCGGCCUCCGCCCCGGCGCCGGGGCCCGUUUCGGCCGCCACGUCCAGCCUCGCCACCCCGCCGCCGCCCCCCACCACCAGGCCCCCCCCGCAGCCCGGCGCCACCCCCAUGAGCACCGCCUACGCCAAACCCUGGCUUUGCCAGCCGGUCAUGCUGCAGUGGAGGAGGGACGUCAUGGUGCACUUCGUGGUGCCAGUGAAGAACCAGGCUCGCUGGGUUCAGCAGUUUAUUUCGGACAUGGAGAAUCUCCAUCGCCAGACGAAGGACGACAACUUCAGCAUCAUCAUCGUCGACUUUGAGAGCGAGGACAUGGACGUGGAGCAGGCGCUGAGGGAAAGCAGCGUGCCGAGGUACGAGUACCUGCGGAGGGAGGGCAACUUCGAGCGCUCAGCGGGACUCCAGAUCGGAGUGGACACCAUCGAGGACAGUCACAGCAUCGUGUUCCUGUGUGACCUGCACAUCCACUUCCCUCUCAACAUCCUGGAGGGCAUCAGGAAGCACUGCGUGGAGGGGCGCCUGGCCUUCGCCCCCAUCGUCAUGAGGCUCAGCUGCGGCAGCUCACCGCGGGAGCCCGACGGUUACUGGGAGGUAAAUGGCUUUGGUCUGUUUGGAAUCUAUAAGUCUGAUUUUGAUAAGAUAGGAGGGAUGAACACGGAGGAGUUCAAAGACCGAUGGGGUGGAGAGGACUGGGAGCUGCUGGACAGGGUGCUGCAGAACGGCUUGGAGGUAGAGCGAUUACGCCUGAGGAACUUCUUCCACUACUACCACUCCAAACGCGGCAUGUGGAACGCCCAGAACAAGAAGAGCCCCAAAGGGUAGCGGCGGCCGCUGGUUGGAGGAUCCUGAAACCAGCGGUCCCACCGCGUGUGAGAGAGACCCGAGGGAGCUCGCUCACUGCCCGACACCUGCCUGAAGCCUGCCUCCUCCCCCCAGACGGGCUCCUUUCAGGGAACGCCUCUGUUUCGCUGUGGGCCCCCGCCUCGUGGGCGUGCCCGUGUGAGGAAACAGAGUCCAACUCCAGAUCAGAAUGAGCUGUUUGCCAGGACGGACCCCAGUCAUGACUUUGCCUCACUGACUGAACUACUGUAAAAGGGGGGAGAGUUACUUCUGUUCUCCUUCUCUCUGUGCUUCUGGGGUGCAGUGUUUCCAGACGGACUGUUUUCUGACACGUGUGUGCGUGUGUGUGUGUGUGUGUGUGUGUGUGUGUGUGUGUGUGUGUGUGUGUGUGUGUGUGUGUGUGUGUGUGUGUGUGUGUGUGUGUGUGUGUGUGUGUGUGUGUUUAUGACGACAAACAGCACCUUUUUCUAACAAGGAGAUGUGAAGAUCUUUCUUUUUUAUUAUUAUUAUUUCUAGCUUGCUCUCACUUGAGCCCAGUAGAAUGUGUCAACACACACGUAGGUUCAGAUGUGACCGCGUAGCUCGACGAGAGGAACGCUGUCUUCACUGAAUCUAAUACAUCAUCUACUACCUGUUGGACAGCACCACCACGAGGUGCUGAAGUUUUCCUGAUAUCUGAUUUUACGAGACAGAUGUUUCUAUCUUGCUCUGCUCUCCUUUUUUUUUUUCUUCAACUCAUUUGUGUCACACGAGUUUGGACUGUUUAAAACCUAUGACGCCGCUGUGGUUUCACGCUCCACGCUGUUAUUUAAUUUCUCCUCACAGAGUUUGGAACGUCCGGGUGCUAUUUUUAAUGUCACGAACACUGACUUUAUGAACGGUUUACACGUCCGACCUCCACUGACGGGACCCAGCGUUCUCCCCUCAUCGUCAGGCGGAGGACGAGGCUCAGAGCGGCUGAAGACGACAGCAGCCCUGACAUUUGAUUUGCCUUCGCCACACGCAUCGUUUCAAGCAUUUUCUGAGCUCAGUGUCGCUUUUUCAAAAACUGGAUUUAGGGGAUUCACUUUUAUUUCUGUUUCAAAAAACACGGGCCACGCGGUCGGACACGCCGACGCGCUUCCUUCAAGCCGGCGUGACGCUCGGCCUGGAAGAAGGAGCCUUUCACGCGUCAGACGCAGUGUGGCAACGCGUGGCUGUUUCACAAACGUGUGCCUUUACCGGGGUUUGGCUGCAGGCAGUUCUUAAACGAGGGCAGGGACAGACAAAUACAUUAUUUAUCAGCAGCUCGUAAUGUCACUGUAAAUUCAGAUACACUGUAGAAGGAAACAUGGUUCUCUUGAAUAGAUCUCAGACGUGUCGGUGUGUUUGUUGUAUUACCCUAGAAACAAGUGGUCUUUACAAGCCAGUUGCCCCCAUUCAUGAAGCGAAGAUGGUACAAAUGACUACUGAGGGGAAGCAGGAGUUGUGAUGUAGGCUCACUGGCAGCUGCAGUCUAGCAGGAGCCCACCUGUUCCCAUUAGUUUGGCUGCAGGCCGGGUUCCUCAGGCCUUCGUUUAUGCAACCCAGGACUUAUUUAGAUGGGGAGGAGCUGGAGGGCUCAGGACGGGACAUAUGGAUGAGAGCUAAUGAGCUCUCUUUGACUAUAUGAUUGUCACUGUGCCCUCCAGGCCCUUCUGUUCACCUUCACGGGGGCAAAGUCUAUAGUGUGAGUCGUUUAACGUGGACAUGGGACUAUUUAAAGAGCAAAAGAAACACAUUAAAUAUAAAACUAUAUAUAUAAGAACCAUAAAGAUUUUAAAUAGGAAUAUACAUUCCAAGGUAAUUUCUGUGAAAUUGUUUUGUAGACAUAAAGGUUUUAAGAAUGUAUUGUACUUUUAUUUUGAUUUGUUGGGGUUUUUUGCAAAUAAAAUUUUAUGCUUACGCCCACACCGCUUUUUAAACGAGCCUUUGCCUUUAAAAAGUCUGAUCCAUGAGCUUUUAGUUCGUUUCGUUACAUCGAAAUGGUAGUUCUUUAUGUGACCACAAGAUGGUGCUCCAAACACGCAUUUGAAGGGCUUAAAAUACGUUGGUUCAAAGAUGGGUUGGUUCAGUCAAGGAACACAGGCACUGCUUUGUAUUACAGAAGAUCCCAAGAAAUCUGCAUCUCAUCGAGAUGAUCAAGUUUGUGCCAGACAUAAUUAUUUGAUUACUGGAAAGACAUUUUUCCAAUAUGUGAACAGGCUUUGCCUCAUGCAGGCCUUGUUUUUACCUACUGGAGCUGACAGUAACCAGUUUCCCUCUAAAAUAUUGUGAAACUACACUGUUUUCAGACCACGUUUAAUCACUUUCAGAGCCUUUUUGUUGUGCGUUGACCCCCCUCUUGUCAUUUUCUGGAUGCUGGGCUGCUUUCCACCCUGGGGCAUGCGCUCACACGGAUUAUGAGGUAAACCCUGUCCUCACCACACGCAGCAUGAGGCAACGCCGUGAUGCGUUCCACGCCCUGUGUGUCUCCUGAUCUCAUGACUAAUUGAGUAACGGCCCCAGACUGUGGAUCACAGCUGGCCUGAGAGCUCAACUCCCUUUAUGGGUCACCUAUAGACAAGAGGCUCCGAGGUGUGUUUGAGAGUCAGCUUUUCCACUUUACGUAUGUACUGACAGACUCUAGGAUUUCACGUAAAGUCCAGAUCUGUAAACGUGUGAGAAAACAGUCAUUGCGGCCCUUUCACACUGUGUCACUGGGUAAAUGUUCUAGAGGUGUUACGCAAUAGUGUUGGACUCUGUCCCAGUAGAGUCACGCCCUACCUGUCUAUGUGAGCGCAGAGUGAUGAGAAGCAGAGUGUCACAGGCCUCAUCGGCACGUUUGAUUUAUUCCACCUCGAGCAAGUUACACCACUUGAUCAGAAACAACAAACUGACACACACGCAAGUUUGAGGUCUCGUUAAAGGAUUUGCUCAGACGUUUGUUUUGAAAGUGAGAACUCCACUCCUGGCACAGGCUACUUCUAAUAAAGUGGAAUUAAAAAGUAAAAUGGAUGCAGAAUAUAUGGCCUCUCUUUUGUAACUGUUUUGAUUUAAUAAAACAGAACUUCGUAGCUUAA